AUGCAGCAUUGGGAUCGUCACGGUUUCGGAUCUGCAGCUCGGAUCCGCGUGCCUCCUGAUCUGUCGGUCAUCCAGAUCCUCCCACAAGCCGACUGGCCGCAUGCCCCAUUCAGCACCAGCGCACCGGCUGUGGCCGCCGCGUCAGCAGCCGGCAAUGAGAACACCACCAACGACUCGCUGACGUGGAAGCUGCUGCGCGCCACGGGUGCAGUGGGCGGCGCGGUGCUAGGCGUGGCGGCUCUCGCUGACGUGGCACGCGCUGACGAGGCGGAGCACGGGCUUCACGCUCCUGCUUACCCGUGGCCCCAUGACGGCAUCUUCAGCUCCUACGACCAUGCCUCCAUUCGGCGCGGGCACCAGGUGUACCAGCAGGUGUGCGCGACGUGCCACAGCAUGUCGCUGGUGUCGUACCGCGAUCUCAUCGGAGUGGCGUACACGGAGGACGAGGUCAAGGCGCUCGCCGCUGAGGUCGAGGUGGAGGACGGGCCCAACGACGAGGGCGAGAUGUUCCUCCGCCCAGGGAAGCCCUCGGAUAAGCUUCCGAAUCCGUACGCGAAUGAGCAGUCUGCGCGGUUCGCCAAUGGUGGAGCUUACCCUCCGGACCUCAGCCUGAUCAGCAAGGCCCGCCAUGACGGGCAGAACUACAUUUAUGCGCUCCUCACAGGCUACCGCGAACCCCCUGCUGGUAUCUCGGUGCGAGAAGGCCUGCACUACAAUCCGUACUUCCCGGGCGGCGCCAUUGCCAUGCCCAAGAUGCUCAACGAUGGCGGUGUGGAGUACGAGGAUGGCACGCCCGCUACGGAGUCCCAGCAGGCCAAGGACGUUGUCACCUUCCUUGCGUGGGCUGCUGAGCCUGAGAUGGACGAACGCAAGCUGAUGGGCGUGAAGUGGAUCUUCAUCCUCUCACUCGUGUGGCUGCAGGCCAUCUACUACAAGCGGUGGCGCUGGGCACCCAUCAAGUCCCGCCGGGUUAUCGUCGACGUUGUUAACUGA